AUGGUGUUGCUUGGAAACCUUAAUCGCCUCCCUAAACCAAGUAGCGUGAUACUCUUGAGUGUCAAACAUUAUCGUAUGUGGUUGCAGGUGACAGAUUUCCGUUGUUCGGAUGUGAGGUGGUUUCAUCGGAGGAGCGAUGUUGAUAAGUGGAUAAACUUCAGCGGAAGGGAUUCUCUCCUUUUGGAGGCGAAAUAUCGGGCUGUGUUUGGAGUACCACUGGAUGAUCAGAUGACAGUCGAGCUCUUAGAACGUGGCUUUACUUCUAGACAAUCUGUUGUAGUGUUGGAUGGCCUCUAUAAAGCAAAUGAUGAUCUCACAAGAGUUGAAGCUAUUUACUGGAAAGGCGAUUCAUGUGAAAUACGAAGAGGCACAUGGUAUAGUCAGGAUUGGCAACCAUUGGAACCACAAGUGGCAGAUGCUAUCGAAGCCCAUCAUUUGCAGUAUUUCCGAGGCCAAACUAUUCCAGAAGGGUUAACUGUUUUUUCAACUAAGGAAGCGAGUACCAAACCACAGUUGACGGAGCUGCAACUGGAGGGAAUGGAAAUUCGGUGGAGUUCUGUGAUUGACGUCUCUCUGUCUUUUAAACGAGGGGCUAUUUUAAGAUAUAUCGGUUGGGGAAAAAGUCAAGCUUUGCGCCGAGGGUUUCACAAAGAAGCGGAAUGGACCGAUGGUCCUCCUGAAACUAGUCAUCUCAUCCUUGUCGUGCACGGUAUUGGACAAAAGGGAUAUGAAAACCUUAUUGCAGAAAAUGCGCAACAGGUUCGUGAUGGAGUGCUAAAUGCGUUAGAACGAUGUUAUCCUGAUGACAAGAAGGCUCGUCCAAUGUUUCUCCCUGUUGAAUGGCGAUCCGCAUUGAAACUUGACGACGGAAUCACUGAUGUCAUAACACUGCCGAAGAUGAGUAGUAUGCGGCACGCCCUGAAUAGCACGGCCAUGGAUAUUAUGUAUUAUCAAAGCCCGCUUUAUCGUAAAGAGAUAGUGGGUGGUGUUGUUCGACAACUUAACCGUGUAUAUUCACUAUUUGCCGAAAACAAUCCAAAUUUCUCUGGUCCUGUUUCUAUAUUCGCCCAUUCACUGGGAUCUGUUAUAACCUACGACAUCCUUUUGCAUUGGUCUCCUUUUCUGCUUUACGAAAAAUAUGUAACACAUGCGAUGGUACGCAAGCUUUUCCCAAAAAUUUCAGAUUUUUUGUCCUUCGAAAUAAAUGCGAAUCUAAGAAUCUUGUACAAGAAAAUCGAUGGUGGGAUAAAUAAAAUGUUACAGCAUAACGAUGAACAACUCAUGUUCAAGGUGAAGUACUUAUUUGCUGUUGGAAGUCCUCUUGCAGUUUUUUUAGUAAUGCGUGGAGCCACACAUACUGAUUUACUUCCAGAUAAGAUGAAUGUGGAACGCCUUUUCAACAUAUUUCAUCCAUAUGACCCUGUUGCGUAUCGACUGGAACCGUUGUUCACUCCCGAGUACCGGUACAUUCGUCCUAUAAAACUGUUCACAAGCAGUGACUUGCGCGCUCGUAACUCAUACGAAGAAUUGCCUUUGGAGGUCCACAAGAGUUAUAUGAAGAAGGUUAAGAAUGAAAAUAAAUCGAAAAAGAGCAAAGUUAAUGACGCUCGUAGUGGAGGUGAUGAAGACUUGGACGAAGAGGACGAGUGUGAUUCGGAUUUCGAUGCAAAGAGUGGAGGUUCUUCGCCAAGGUGUCUCACGCCUCCUUUGGCAGGAGAUGGGAUUUCUGUUGAGAAACCAGCGAGGAAAGGAUGGUUUUCAUCAUUCACAUCCGCCCCAAAGAAAUUUGCUCCUUCUGCAACUGUUCCAGAAGUUCCAGUUGAGAUGGCUAAAGAAGCUGAAUCAGAACUUCCAUUGCCCGAACGCUUGCUGGGUGGAGGAGUUCGACCACCGCAUCGAAUUGAUUUUCAAUUGCAGCCUGCUUUGACAGACAAAAGCUACUGGUCGGUGCUGAAAAGCCACUUCAGUUAUUGGACAAAUUCUGACCUCGCAUUGUUUGUGGCUAAUAUUCUUCAUUUUGAGUCGCUUAUCGACCAACAGUCAGGUCCCAACAAAGAGCUCUUGAGUCAAGGUUGUGCUUAA